UUUAAUGUUCCUCAAAGCUGAAACAAUUAAUCAAUUGAAAAAAUUGGAGGGUCAUACUAGUAUUGUCUAUUCUGUAUGCUUCUCUCCUGAUGGUACUACUCUAGCAUCUUGUAGCUACGAUUUGUCUAUUCGUCUAUGGGAUGUUAAGACAGGGUAAUAAAUAUAACAGUUAGAUGGACAUACUUGUUAAGUCUACUAGGUAUAUUUCUUCUGAUGGAACUACAUUAGCCUCUGGUAGUGGAGAUAGGUCUAUCCGUUUAUGGGAUGUUAAGACAGGAUAAUAAAAAGCAAAAUUUGAUGGUCAUAGUAGUUUUAUUCUAUCAAUAUGCUUCUCUCCUGAUGGUGCAUCACUGGCUUCUUGUGGUGUAGAUAGAUCUGUCCGCAUAUGGGAUAUUAAUACAGGAGAAGAACAAUUAAAAUUAGAAGGUUAUCCUUCAGUAUGUUUCUCUCCUGAUGGUACUAAAUUAGCAUAUGGUGGAAGUGAGGAUAAGUUUGUCCGCUUAUGAGAUAUUAAGAAUAGAAAAUUAAAAGCUAAAUUGGAUUUUCAUACUAAUGGGAUCCAAUCAGUUUGUUUCUCUCCUGAUGGUGCAUUUAUAACAGCUGGAAGCGUAGAGAAGUCUAUUUGUUUAUUGGAUGUUUCGUCAGGAUAAGAAAAAGCCAAUAUGCUUUUCUCCUGAUGGCACUACAUUAACAUCUGGUAGUAAUGAUAAGACUAUCCGCUUAUGCUUAUGGGAUGUUAAGACAGGAAAAUCAAAAUCAAAAUUUGACGUCCAUACUAAUGAUGUCAACUAAGUAUGCUUCUCUCCUGAUGGUACCAUAUUAGCAUCUUGUAGUGUAGAUAAGUUUAUAUAUUUAUUGGAUAUCUAAGCCUAAUCUGAAGAAUGA